GUGAAAAUUGUUCAAAAUCGAGCAGCAGCUCCUAGUGUAUAGUGCUGUUGAAAAAUAAAAUAUUAUUACAAACAGUCAUUUAAGUACAUUAUAUUUGAUAAUCAUUUUGAUAACCGAUUUCUUUAAACUUUUAUUUUACACUGUUUCCUGUCUGAAACGGCAGUGAUGGAAUUGGUGUCGUUUAUCAAGGAAUUGCUUCACGAAGCCGCAGAGGUCGCCGCUAGCUAUCGAGUGGGUCAAUCGGCCCUCAGAUACGUGGACAAAGCCCUUUGGACUGUCGAAAAGUCGGCGAGAUGGGCUGUGCCACCACCGCUGGAGCAGGACGAGAGACAGCCGGAGUUGAUACGGCCUCUGCCCUGGGUAUUCUUCCUGAUGUUGCUGGUAGCCCUUCGAGUCAUCAGAGAGUCAAUUUCUCUCAUUAAUUUGGUCCUCGGGAAGCCGCCGCUGCGAUCUGCCGAUGUGGUGAUAUUCAUACAAGGAAAGCGUCGCUACUUGCGUACGUUGAAGUACCAAGGCAGCCGAAUGAUGCGCGCGCGCAGCGAGACCGCGUCUUGGCGAAGCGGCAUUUACUCUCUGAUCGAGUUCACGAUGUGCUUCAGGAACUCUCACUGCCCCAACGACAACUCGCAGAGCAGCGGAGACGAGCUCGUGAUGGUGUCCAGGAACGAGCGUAGCAUGGAGAGACUCUUGGAGAAGAUGGUGCAGGUCGAAGCGGACACCGACGACUCCGGAACGGCAUAUAAACCAGUCGCGAACACGAGGAGCGACGCGGAAACAACGGACGAGUCGUUCGAAGACUCCCGGGAGGAGAUCGUCACCUCCACUCCGGAGAAGAGAGACUCCGCUCAGGGGCACCGAGACGCGUGCGAACAGCACGAGCGGAACGGAGCCAACCCCGCCCCCAAGACAGCAAACGGCAGAUCCGCGCACUCCCAAGAGAGGAUCCUUGGAGGCGAAGCGAUCUGUUGACGGACGGCGACUACAGUUCGUCGGAACGACGAUUCCCCAAACGAGCCUCAUCACAUUAGUCGUAAGCUGCGCUCAAUAUUCGGGCGAACCAGGCCUAGCCUCUAUCUAGGCCUAUCUAGGCCUAGGACUAGGCCCGCCCUUUUCGACUACCGUCAAUGUCUUUAACUUAUUUAUGUACUCGUAUCGCCUUCUACGAAACAAAUAUUUACUUUCAAUUCGUUGAGGUCUAAUUAUAUUCUUUGUUCGGAUCGAAACAUCGCGCCGUCCCAUUUCAGUGCCUCAUCGUGGAAUAUAUUGAUAGAGUAUAUUAUUAUAUAGAGAUAGUUUAUCGAAGGUCCGGUCGUGGGAAGAACAAAAGAAGAGAAACGUCGGGUUUCGGAAGAGUUUCCUGUUGUCACGCGAUUGUCUUCGGUGGCUAAGAUUAGAUAACGGGGAAUUAGCUCAACGGUGGUUGUACUAUUGCAACCGGGUGUACGGAAUGGGUGAACGGGUGAACGGGUGAAUGUUUGUGGGCGAGAAUUAAAACGAGAGCGUGAGAGCACGAGGAGGGCUGGAGCGUCUCUCUUCUAAGUGUUCUAAAUGUUAUUUAUAAUUUAGCGUAGUAUUCAUUGAAAGUAUUUAUAUUUUUUAUCAUUUCGCCAACCGUAAAACAAUAUAAGCAGAUAUUUUUUUUGUUUUCUUCACCCAUUCUGGGUAGGCAAAAGAAACUACGCCCAUACAACCAAGUCUUCAGUAAAUUUUUUUUAUUGAUAUGAAAUCAAAUUUAAUGAGAUGAAUUGAAAAAAAAGCCUAACCUAUCUCAUUGAAUCCAAUUAUUAAAUUUAAUAUUGAAACAAAUGAGUAGCUUCUUUUUAAAAUAUUUGCAUGAAUCAUAAAAACUUGUAUGGUUUUUUAAAGUAAAACUUCGCGGUUGGUCUUUUCUUUUUAAUAGACAUUGUUUUCAGAGUUGGGAGAGAUAGUCCUCAUCCCGUACGUUAUACAUCCCUGGAAUACGCAACUCUCUCAACUUUUGAGCAAAUGUAUUAAAAAAUAAUAAAAUUAAAACGUCCUUUCGUUCAGUUGUAACGUUAGAAAUUGAAAUGACACCUAUAUUCCCCGUUAAAGAGGUGCGCCUAAGUAUUAAGGCGCGGUCUCUUAUAAUACUGAAAUAGCUAAUAAUAAUAAUAAUAUUUAUUCCCAUUGAGGAAAACUAAUAACAUCUAUUUCUUCACCUUCUCACCUCUAUUUAUUUUGAAGAAACGGCUUUCUCUCGCAAAUCCCAAAGCUUUGGCUGUGUCCACUCAAUAAGACUGAAGAGAAAUGAAAUUGAGCCUUUGCUUCUCGAUAUUUAAUUACGAUUAUAAUAUUCAAUGCUAAUUUAUUUUUUAAUUUCUAAUAUUGUAUACUUUUAAUAAUAAAAAUUGUAAAAAUGAAAGAGUCUUAUUGUUUCUGUCUA